AUGCCGAGUGCCAGAUUUGCACCGUCUACAAUAAGGAACAAGAUUAAAAGGGAGGAGAUUGUUAGGAAGAACAAAAAGGCCAAAACUCAGGACAAGCUCAAGCGACGGUUGGAACUCGCAAAACAAGAGGCUAAUGAUCCUCUCGCUAAAAAGAAACGACUUGCUGAAAAUGUGCCCCGUACUUUGGACAACACUCGAGAAUUCGACCCUUCGAUCUUAACCGCGGACCCAACGCAACCAGAGGCUUCAGGCUCUGGAAAUGGCGAAUCGAGCACUGCACACGAGGAGCGGGCAGCAGAUAUCGCAACAGACCCAUUUGCAUCCUAUUUCAAUUCCAUUGACGACCCCAGUAUACCCCCGAAGAUCUUGAUUACGACUUCACCAAAAGCUUCGAAGGCCACAUACAAUUUCUGUGAUGAACUUGUGGGAGUGUUCCCUGGAGCAGAGUUCAGACAAAGAAAGAAAGGGAAAGGCUUCGAAAUGGGAAGGAUAGCAGGCUGGUGUGCGGAUAGAGAUGCGAUUACCCUCGUUCACCUGCCCGAUGGACCAACAGCCUACUUCAAGCUCACUUCAGUUGAGCUCACGAAACAAAUCUAUGGCCACGCUCGCGCAACGCCUCACCACCCAGAGCUUGUCCUCAACGGCUUUGUGACGCGACUUGGUCAUGCCGUUGGUCGAAUGUUCCAAACUGCCUUCCCUCCUUUGCCCGAAUUCCAAGGUCGCCAAGUCGUGACUCUCCACAAUCAGCGCGACUUUAUCUUCUUCCGCCGACAUCGAUAUGCUUUCCGUUCGCCAGAAAAAGUCGCCCUUCAAGAAAUCGGACCUCGCUUCACACUGAAGCUUCGCUCACUCAAGAAGGGCAUUCCCGCUGUGUACAACCUUGGUGAAGCACCGGCACCAUUGACUUUGGAUAACGACGACGACGAUCCCGUCGGAGAAGUGCAGCCUGAGCAAAAGCAGGACGGUGACCAAGACCAGGAAAUGGCUGAGGCGGCCCCUGACGAGGCAUCGUCGAGUUCGAAGAAGAAAGGAAAGACUGUGCCUCCCAAGCAAAACGAGGUGCUUUGGCAAUGGAAGCCUGAACUGGAGACUACUCGCCGGACGUUCUUCCUGUGGCGCAGUUACCAGAUGAAGAUCUGCCGGGAACAUCUGCGCAGCACGUUUUCGAUAACAGUGUGGAUGUCGUCGCGAGCAACCGAAGAGUUGACUGAAAGUGCGAACUGUCCUGGAUAUCGUCUGAACACCACCUCAGACGUCGAUGCUCCCUCCAGGAGCUUCAUCCAGGUUGAACCUCGUCUAGGGUGUGACUGGUUGACUGAGGAAAACAAUUACAAAGUGACAGUGUAUCGGGGAGGAAUGAGACGAACCUGA